AUGAGAACGGCAGUAAGAGCUCUUCAUUAUGUGUUCAAAAUUGGCGACAGAAAAGCCUCGUAUGACUUCUUCACGAAGGUCUUACAGAUGAAGGUGUUGCGUCAUGAAGAAUUCGAAGAAGGUUGUAAAGCCUCAUGUAAUGGACCCUAUAAUGGAAAAUGGAGUAAGACGAUGGUGGGCUACGGCAGUGAAGACGAUCACUUUGUCAUCGAGUUGACGUAUAAUUACGAAAUCGGCUCUUAUCGCCUCGCAAUGAAUUUUAUGGGAAUGUUCAUUGAAUCUGAUAAGCUUCACAAAUCACUUGAAGGGCACGAGAAUGUGAAGAAAUUGGAAUGCGGGAAACUUCAGCUCACAGAUCCUGACGGUCACUGGUUCCUCAUAUGCCCUGGGCAAGACCCUCCAAAGGUGAUUAAAGUAAGCGUGAGAGUGCAGGAUCUGGAGAAAAGCGUCGAUUACUGGACCAACGAGUUGGGAAUGAAGGUGGUUGAGCAACGAGAUGGGGGACGCACCACGAUGAGCUUUGGCGAGCGUCAGGUU